GCCUUCUUCCCUCCUUUCACACAGCACUGCCCUUAAAAAAGCCAGAUAGGGAGGGAUAAACUGACAGAGUUGGCGAGUGUGACUGCGUGAGAGAUAAAGUCAGAGUUGGUCUCAGGAUGCCUGUAUACGCCACCAACAUGAGGCUGAAGUUCCCCAUCUUGGCCUUGAUCCUUGAGAUUAUCACCAUCAUCCUGUUUGCAGUGUUUGUGGACUACGAUGAUGGGAAAGGUCACGGGCACGACCCGCACUCCAAUGACACCCACCAUGAGCAGAAGCCUAUGGAUCUCUACCCUAUGUUUCAGGACGUCCAUGUCAUGAUCUUCAUCGGCUUCGGGUUCCUGAUGACGUUCCUCAAGAGAUACGGGUUCAGCAGCGUGGGCAUCAACUUGCUCCUGGCCGCCUUUGGGCUGCAGUGGGGCCUCCUCAUGCAGGGCAUCUGGCAUCUGGAGGAUAGCAAGAUCAAAAUCAACAUCUUGAAAAUAAUCAAUGCAGACUUCAGCACAGCCACAGUCCUGAUCUCCUUUGGUGCCGUUCUGGGUAAAACCAGCCCUGUGCAGCUCCUCAUCAUGACCAUACUGGAGAUCACCAUUUUCUCCAUCAAUGAGCAUCUGGUGGCUAAUGUUCUACUCGCUAAUGAUGUUGGAGCAUCGAUGGUCAUCCAUGCUUAUGGAGCUUACUUUGGCUUGGCAGUGGCACGUGUACUUUACCGACCAGGCUUAAAAAACGGACAUGAGAACGACGGAUCUGUUUAUCACUCCGAUCUGUUUGCUAUGAUUGGAACCGUCUUCCUGUGGAUGUUCUGGCCCAGCUUUAACUCGGCCAUCGCUGAUCCAGGUUUCACCCAGCUCACCGCCGUGAUCAACACCUACCUCUCCCUGGCUGCCUGUGUGCUCUCUGCCUACGCCAUCUCCAGCCUUGUGGAGCACAAAGGAAAACUGGACAUGGUGCACAUUCAAAAUGCCACCUUGGCCGGUGGUGUUGCCGUGGGAACAUGUGCUGACAUGAACAUUGGGCCAUUCGGGGCCAUGCUGAUCGGACUCAUCGCUGGCAUCAUCUCAACCCUGGGCUUUAAGUUCCUGAGUCCCAUCCUGGCAUCCAACCUGGGUAUCCAGGAUACCUGCGGUGUCCACAAUCUGCAUGGCAUGCCUGGCAUCCUGGGCGGGCUGGCUGGUAUUGUGGCUGUGGCUUUGGGGAAGAAAGAGAAAGGUGAUCCUGCCAUGCAAGCUGCCGCCUUGGCUUCAUCUCUCGGCUUCGCUUUGGUUGGCGGCGUUGUUACAGGUUUCAUAAUGAAGUUGCCAUUCUGGGGACAACCUCCAGACCAGAACUGCUUCGAUGACUCUAUUUACUGGGAGGUUCCUGAGGAGGAGGAAGCGAAUGAGGAGAGCUUGGCUCAUGCAGAUCACUCAAAGAACAAAGCAGAAGCUUAAAUAUCUGCCCACCAUCCAUGCAGCCAGAAAUGAAGGAUUAUUAUUUAGCUACACUUUGUCUGUAGAAAACAAUUUGUCAGUUAUAUUAAUGUCAUUUGAAAAAACAGAUUUUUUUUUUUAAAGAUGGGAUGCUUAGUCUAUAUUUGAACUGUUUUAUAUAAAGAAUAUAUCUACACACACAGGAUAUCUUUAAUCUUAAUCUGGUUUAAAUUUGCAAUCAGUAAGGGCAUGGAAAUAUUUACAGAUUAGAGACUAACAAGUGUUAGUAUAAAUAAAUGUUUAAUCCAAUUUACGUACGGAGAAAGAACCUUCAACUUCAGGGAUUUUUUUAUACUGCAAGUUUUAAUCACCUACAGCCUUCAUGAACCCCUAUACACACACACACACAAAAAAAGCUAGCACAACAGCAUGCAUCAAUGUUUUUGAGAAGUGAUAACUUCUAAUGAAAUUUUGUUCAACCGACAAACUAUGUUGAGUUAGAGUGAACAACUUUUCCUGCACAUUUUAAGAUAUUUUUAAUUUCCAGUCUAAACCAAAUUGGCAUGUUAACAUGGAAGAGGGGACUCCAAAUCCUCAACUCAAGGUGAAGAAAAAAUUUCCUCACGAAGCCAGUUUUAUUAAGUUACCUCGACUUGAAUGUAUUUUUAAAUCAAGUAAUGAAGUAAUUUUCGUUUAACACAAUAUUAAGUAGACUCAAUUAUCAAAGUUAUUAUGUAAACACCACCCUUCUAAGUAAUGUUGAAAGGUUUAUCUCAAUCAGUAAACCAUAUUUUUGUUAUCUUGUCACUGUGUAUUUAAUUAAACUGUGGGAAUAGGUUCCUUCAAUUCCUUUUUAGAGUGUACAAAACAAGGUGGGCCAUUCCACAGCUUCACUGCUGAUCAUAGACUGUAUAAGGGAGACUGACGUAGCUGCUGUGACGUCACCUGUUGGUUUCUGCACUGAGAGAAUGAAGCCUGGAUUUUACUACUUCCUGGCUGACAUCUUGGAUUUUUGGAGCCAGAAACGAAAAAUUGAUUGUAAGAGGGCGGAGCCGGAGAGCAGCGAUUGGCCAGACUGACAACGUUAGCCUCCAUAGUGGAGAUAAACUCUACAGAAACAGUAACGUUACUGAGGUCUACCCACCACCACACUGAACUACAAAGCCUUGGUCUGGAUCAUUGGGAACAUCUAGUCUGAUGGACUGAGAGCUACAGAGAACAUGAACAUCCAGCUGUGAUUGUCUGACUGAAGAGUCUUCUGUGAGGAAGAGCAGCACUGAUGUCCUCCUCAUCCAUUCCAGUAAUAACAAUAAAGCUGAAGAUUCAGCUCCUCUCUUCAUAAUGCAACUUGUCUUGUGACUGUUGAGUAUUUACACUUCACUGUAAGGCGACAUAUUUAUUCAUCCAUUUAAUACAUGUGUUUACACAUCUUUGCAGUUCUGAAUUGUUAAAUAAUGUUGUUUUUAAAUGUGUAAUAAAGGUAAUAAUGAA